AUGGACCGGAGCAAAGGGAUAAGGACACUGGGAAAGCGGUUUUUUGCUUCGAUAGAUAAGAUUCCAAGGGCACCUCCAGAUCGCAUUUUAGGAUUGACUGAAAAAUUCAAUGAAGAUCGCAACAAGAAAAAGGUAAACUUGACAGUUGGAAUUUAUAAAGACGCAUGGGGUCAGGUGACCACGUUUCCUUCUGUAGCAAAGGCACAAAGACUUAUAGAUGCUGAUUUGGUGCUGAAUACAGAUCUUUCUUAUCUACCGAUAACCGGUUGUCCGGAUUACAGCGAGCAUGUGCUGAAUUUCUUGUUCAAAGAAUCGUGUCCCCUAUCAGGCCCCAAACUAUUGAAAGAAGGUAGAGUUAGUUUCACCCAAACUUUGAGUGGAACAGGCGCAUUAGCGGUUGCCUCAAAACUGUUAGCUUUAUGGGUCUCACAAACCGUUUGGUUACCACAACCGUCGUGGUCUAAUCAUCGAAAUAUAUUCAGAAGUAACGGAUUCACAAACGUGAAAGAGUAUCCGUAUUAUAAAGACGGAAGAAUUACAGUUGAAGAGUGGCUUGAUCAUCUAAGGAGCGCCGUUGACAAGAACUCCAAAACUCGUGAUUGCAUUCUUUUGCAUGCAUGUUGUCAUAAUCCUACCGGGUUAGAUCCGACAAAGGAGCAAUGGAAACAGAUCUUGGACACAAUUCAUGAGUUAGGUAUGAUACCUAUUAUCGAUAUGGCUUAUCAAGGUUUAGAAUCAGGUAAUCCUCCAAAGGAUGCAUAUCUUUUACGAUUAUGUCUGGAUGAAUCUCUGUACAAAAGUUGGCCCCAUGGCUUAUUUGUUUGUCAAUCAUUUGCUAAAAAUAUGGGUCUUUAUGGCGAAAGAGUUGGUUCAUUAAGUGUAGUUACUCCACCUUUUCAACCUGAAACGAAGGAUAAUGUCGAUUCUCAAUUGAAACAGAUUGUUAGAAGUAUUUACUCUUCUCCUCCGGGGUAUGGUUCUCGUGUUGCCACAAUGGUCUUAUCAAAAUCCUUUCUCAAGAUGCAAUGGUAUAAAGAUGUAGAAUUUAUGGUGAGUAGAUUAUCACAAGUGAGAAAGGAAAUGCAUGAACUGCUAGAAUGGCCUUCUUUGAUAGAUUUUGAUAGGCAACAUGGAAUGUUUUACUAUACCGGUUUAAACCCUAAACAAAUAAAUGCUUUGAGGAACGACUACUCAGUGUAUAUGACAAUGGAUGGUAGAAUAUCCCUAAGCGGAAUUAAUGAUUGCAAUAUCGAAUAUGUCUGUAAAGCUCUAAAGAGUGUUACCAAAACCAUUUAA